AUGACUUCUCACGAAGCGGCGCGACUCCGUCAAGGCCUUCUUCCUCUCACGACAUCGUCUGUAGGUGCCUUCAACAACCCUCUACAUACGCCCAUAUCUGCCGUGUCCAUGAGCUCCAGUCAUUUUCACUCUGCUGUGCAAACACCUGGCAGUAGUAUACAGCCAUACAACCCCCAAGAAUGGGUUCCCACACAGGCUGCUGUCGCCGAGCGCGCCGUUCAAUAUGCUGGCGAAGUCCAAGGCAAGUGA